AUGUGCUUCAGCAACGGGAAACAAGCUCCAGAUGACGCAAAGCAGCACAAGAAGUCUAUUGGCCCGGAGGUUAAACUAAAGGUAAGGCUCCGCUGAGAUGGUAGAAAUGUGGUAGAAACUAAAAUUCUUUUAUUAAUUUAAGAAUUUAAAUUUGCCAACAGCUUGGUUGACAGCCCUGCAUGAAGUCUUAACAGGGGCGGAUCCAGGAUUUUUUUAGGAGGGGUGCACUCGUCUUUUGCUCUACUUCAAGACCAAUAAACCACAGUUUUUUUUUUAUUUUGUGCAGAAUACCAGUUGUAUUAGAAAACCACAGGUCAUCUCAGGGGGGAGGGGGGGGGUGCACACCCCCUGCACCCUCCUCCUAGAUCCACCCCUGCUUAAUGAAGGGCUGUCAACCAACCAUGCAAGAUAUUUGAAAUAAUUCAUUUUCGCAAGUUUGAGCCUACAGGAAAUGGUAAACUUUGGCAAUUAGCCUUAAGAUUUCAUACUCUAAUCUGGAUCUCUGGAGACCGGCAGAUACAGUCCAAAAUCUGGAGUCCCUUGGUUUAAGUGGGAGAAUUGAUAGCCUUGUACAUGCAUAUUUCCUGGCUCAAACUCCAUUAAGGGGACCUUUCUUGAUAAAUUCCACCAAUGUGACAAGGCUACAUAUCCCUGGUUUGCAACCACAUGACAAAGCAGCAUGUUGGGGGUCAAAACAGUAGAAUUUUUUCUCAAAGAAUUUACAUGACUGUUGUGAUGUCAGCGGCAAACCACGAAUAUGAAUACCUUAUUAUAGGUAAUUAAUGCUCCAUGAAAUUUAUUGUGAAUCGUUAAAAUUUGUGUUAAUUUAAGUCGCAUUAAUUUUGUUGAGCGUUAAUAUCCCCAACGUUAAUUAAGUGCAGCAUUAAUUUCUGCGCUCUUAAUUUCCAGUAUUUUAACCCCAAUUUUGGAACCUGUCCAGACAUUCUUGACACCUAAAAAACAUUAACUGCAAGCUUUCUUUCUUUCCAUUUACCCUUUUUUAACCAUCUUUCACAAAAGCUAGGGCGAAGGUUUACAAUAUUUCAAGUUCAUUUUCAUCGUUGUCACUGUCAGAAGUGAUGGCAAUAUCUUCUCCUUUGAUUUCGGCCACCAACUAUGUCUUAAUCGUGUUAAUUUCCUUUAUUAUGAAAUUCUACCUCCUCUUUCACAUUAGUUUUCUUUAUUCGAAAGUCGUUUUCCAUUAAAUUCGUGUUAAUUUAAGUCGUGUUAAUUUCCAAUACCUUAAUUUCAUGGAACGUUAAUUUCCUUUAAUAAGGUACCAUAAAUUCUGUAAAUACUUCCUACCCAGUUAAUUCCGAAACUGCCCAUCGCAAUUCAUACAUCUCCCAUAAUACACCUUGUUUGCCUUCCAAAACUUUGCAUAACCUUUGUUUUUAAUUUCUACUGGGUAUUGCAGUGGCCGGCUCUCUUUAUUUUCUGUUACGAAUGCGUUUUAGUAUCCCCCAUUUGUUCCACAUAAUACCCUCUAUACGUUUGUCGCUUAAGGACGGAGACACGUUUGGGUCUCGUAGAGUGGAAAAAAUUAAAAAUUUUAGUCAAAUUUCCGGGUUAUGUUGGCAGUUUAGAUGGUCAAAUGCCCCACAAAUUAGCACUUCAAAAAGCCUCACACACCAGCCAAUAUUCAAAACAUUUUCUCGUGCAUCAAGCCAUUUAUUUAAAGAGAUGCUAACCUUUGGAGAUCUAAAAUCUGGAGACUCUCUCCUUUGUACUACGCUUCUCCCCAGAAUGUCAGCCCCAAAAUUAUGAUAUGGGAAUGGAUAAGGACAUCAUAGAAAGUCUUACAUGAAGAGCAUAGCAUCAAAAUAGGAGUACAUGAACAAAGUCCUAGUUGUACUAAGUACAUAUGAAAUUUACCAAGAUUUUGAAAGAUUGGAUUAGUAUCUGCAUCCAAAGGAGUUUUUAGUUCUGAUCACUCGUUUCUGUAAAAUCUCAAGACGAGUAAGGUGUGUUCUGUAAGCAGAGGCCCAAAGUAAGUUGCAUUAAAAAAAAUAUGAAUAAACUAGAGAAAAAUAUAAUGUUCGUAAAAGUUUGGUAGAUAAAUAUAGAAACUGGAUUUAUGAAUAUUUCCUAUGCAUUUAGAAACUAUAUUGGCGACAUGUGAGAUUUCAGAUUUCCAAUUUAAUUUUUCAUCGUUGAUGUACAGCAGAACAAACAAAGGCCCAUGUAAGCUACAUGUAAGCUACGUAUACAACAAGAGCUUUACAAGUGAAUUUUUUUUCAUGCAAAUCUUAUUCAAUCUUGCCCCAACGUUUGCAGUCCUUCAUGAAAAAAUCUUUGUUCCUGACUUUUUUAUAGGGACAGGUUUAAGGUUUAGUGCAUGCUCAUUAAUUAAAUUACUUUCUUCCAAUUUAUUGUUAAUUCUAUCAGUUAAUAAUCCCACUCACAUGUAUGUCAGCCUUCUCAGAGUGUAUUUCAAAGUAAAAGUGUAUUUCAGAGUAACCUGAACAUUGAAUUUAUUGUUGACCCGAAGGUUUUAUUCCAUGGUUGAUGAAUUUACAGCUAUUUGCACAUAAGUUGAUCAAGUGACUGCCAGGGGAGUGUGCAGAUUGGUUUUUGACAACAUUAUGAGGUUUUCGCUGCUGUUGCCAUCAGUAAUGCUAAAGCUCCCUCUUAUGGCUGAACGGGAGUGUGCUCCCUUCAUCAGAUCAUCAAGAUGCUAUAUUCAAAUGUGGCUGCUAAUAAAUUAUAUAUUGGAAUUUCCCCUACCAGGAACACACAUCCUUAGUGAUAAGUGUUUCUCUACCCAGGAAACAGAUACCACUGGUGAUGUGUUCCCCUACCUGGGAAACAAAUAUUACUAGUAAUAUUAAAUAAUUUUGUUCCCCUAUCUAGGAAACGCAUACCACUCUCGAUACUGACAUCGAUACUACGUUGAGAUCUGAAAAAGCAAAUUUCUAGAAGGCCUCUUUGUAUUAAAAAAGUGAUAUAUUUGAGAAAGUAAAGGCAUAUCAGUUUUGUUCAGCUGGUUAGUUAUGGUAUUGAAUUCCUAUCUCUUUUUAAUGCCUGCUCAUCUUAUAUUUUACGCCCCCCAAAUUAAAUAAAUGCACCAGGUGCUUCUCAGAUCAUUAAUAAUAAUCAGGCCAAGAUGCUUAUUCAAAUGUGGCUACUAAUAAUUAUUUAUGCAAGUAUGGUUUACUAGAAUUAAUUGGUGUGUUCUCGAAAUUGUUAUUAUUUUAGUAAAUUAAUUAUCAGUGAAUUAAUGAGCUGACUCACAUUUUCAACUUUUCUUUCCAGAUCAGAUGCCCCAGAUUGGAUCAAGACUUUAGCAGCCUGGAUUUAGUUAGUCUUGGAGAUUAUCUUCAGUACUGUAAGUGCAGUGCAUUUUACUUUUUCAAAGUCUCUGAUUUUUGUUACAGUUAUAUUGAACAUCUUUGAAGGACAACCCUUCCUGAUAUACAAGCUUGAGAUGUACCGUGAGAAAGGAAGAGGACACUUAUUUUCCAGUAAUUAGGGAGCUUUAGCAAUGAAGACGACCACGGCAUUAAGAAGGUCAAAAAAGGAAUAGGUUUUGAUGAGUACACUGUUUUGAUAAGUCACCUCAUGACUACGACAUGAAAAUGCCUAAUUUCAUGUGUUAUGAAGGAAGUAAAUAAGCAACAACAAAUUUUUCUUUCUGAGUACUGUCCCAAGAAAUCAACUCCAGGGAAAUUCACCUACAUUAAUUUGACCUUCUCAUCGAAAAUGAAUAAAUGCACCAAAGUUUGAAAAAAAUGCAAAUUCAUUUUUUGGGUUCGUACAGGGUCUUGAAUUCUUGAAAAAAUCUUGAAAUUUGCCCAGCAGUUUUCCAGCCCUGGAAAAGUCUGGUAAAUGGAGAUAAAGUCUGGAAAAAUGGAUUAAGUCUUGAGUUUUUUUCUUAUUUUAUUUUACUUUUGUUUAUUUCAUUGUUAAGUUAAGCUACAAAGGGUGCUUUUAACUGAAAUUUGUUUUGGUUUGGUCAAAUCGUUUUUUCAAUAUUGCACCUAAGUUUGCAGCCCAUCAUGAAAUAAAGCUUUCUUCCUGCCUUUUUUAAGGUCUCUAUCGAUCACCCAUUUUGAUAACCCUUGAGUCUGGAAAAAAAACUGUUGUUUUGGAAAAAAGUCUGGAAAACGUCUUGAUUUUUGGAUCCAAAUCCAGUCAGAACCCUGACUAACCGCGGCAGGAUUAGCUCAGUCGGUAGAGCGCUUGACUGCAGAGCGGGAGGUCGCGGGUUCGAUUCCCGGGCCGGACCAAUACUCAGGGUCUUAAACAAUAACUGAGAAAUGAAGGUACUUCCUAUGCUCUGCAGGCGGAUGGACCUUCGCGUGGCUCGGAUGACCACGUAAAAUGGCGGUCCCGUCUCCAUUAGGAGACGUAAAAUAUAGUGUCCCCAAUUAGCACUUUCGUGCUAAAUACAUUGACACUCAAAUAAAGUGCAUUUUUUUUUUUUUUUUUUUUUUAAAUAAUGUGANAUAAGCAACAACAAAUUUUUCUUUCUGAGUACUGUCCCAAGAAAUCAACUCCAGGGAAAUUCACCUACAUUAAUUUGACCUUCUCAUCGAAAAUGAAUAAAUGCACCAAAGUUUGAAAAAAAUGCAAAUUCAUUUUUUGGGUUCGUACAGGGUCUUGAAUUCUUGAAAAAAUCUUGAAAUUUGCCCAGCAGUUUUCCAGCCCUGGAAAAGUCUGGUAAAUGGAGAUAAAGUCUGGAAAAAUGGAUGAAGUCUUGAGUUUUUUUUCUUAUUUUAUUUUACUUUUAUUUAUUUCAUUGUUAAGUUAAGCUACAAAGGGUGCUUUUAACUGAAAUUUGUUUUGGUUUGGUCAAAUCGUUUUUUCAAUAUUGCACCUAAGUUUGCAGCCCAUCAUAAAAUAAAACUUUCUUCCUGCCUUUUUUAAGGUCUCUAUCGAUAACCCAUUUUGAUAACCCUUGAGUCUGGAAAAAAAACUGUUGUUUUGGAAAAAAGUCUGGAAAACGUCUUGAUUUUUGGAUCCAAAUCCAGUCAGAACCCUGAUUUUAAAAUAAUGUGAUGUUUUCGCUGCUGUUGCUGUUGUCGAUGCUAAAGCUCCCUCUUAUGGCUGAACGGGAGUGUGCUCCAUUAAUCAGGUCAAGAUGCCAUAUUCAAAUGCAUGUGGCUGCUAAUAAAUUAUAUACGCUAGAAUUAGGUUUGUUUUGGAAAUUAAUAAUCAGUAAAAUUAAUUGUUAACGAGCUGUAACAUAAUUAUUUUCAACUUUUCUUUCCAGAUUAGAUGCCCUAGAAUGUAUCAAGACUUCAUGAGCAGCCCAAAUUUAGUUAGAGGUUAUCUUCAGUUCUGUAAGUGCUGUAUAUUUUACUUUGUAAUCCAGCUCUUGAGUGAACCAGAUAAGCUUAACUGGAAGCUGUGUUUGGACAAAGUAUCAUUAAGCUAAUCCAGGGAAAGCUGUACCUAGUUCUUUCUUUUUACAAUAAUUUUUUUUAUUAUUUCGCCACCAAGUGUACCACAGCGACUGGAACUACAUAUGGAAGUUCAUCAAUCUUUCUGUUUGCAAUAAACCAGGCAAAUUAAUUCACUUUUCGCAAGCAAAUCAAAAUACAAAAAUUUAGAGAAUUCGAUGCUAAGCAACAGAUCAAAAUGAUUAUUACAACUAGCUCAACAUUAAUUUAUUUUGUACCACAUUUUGAUUUGACUUAUGGUAAUUCAGAUUAUUUGAUCCCAUGUGGAAUGUUUUCCUUAACAGUCAGGACUCAGCAGUCUAUACUGUUGGCCCGCAACUAGGCAUUGAUCAUGAAUAAUAGUGAUUUAAUCUGAUUAAAUUUGGCACUUAAAUAAGAGCAACUAAAUAAGUUUAUUCUGUCCUUCUUCCUGUUUCAACUAAAUUUUAUAGACAUAUUAGCACAAAAUUGCACUAUCAGUGUACAAACACCCCUUUUCCUGCAGGGUAAUAAUGGUUACGACAGCAGCAGAUACACCUCUAUUUUGCAUUAAUAUUUUGAUUACUAAAUUCCAGGUGAUGUACAAUUGUUGGUGAAGUGAUGACUAAUGCAAAAAUCUUCAUGGUUAUUGUUAGUUUUCUCCUGGAUUAGCAUUAACCUACUUUGUUCAACUGUGUCAUGGUUUUUUUUUGUUUAAUCAAAGCCAAGUUCUGCUGAACAUAAUCAUCAUGACCAAACUGGUACUAGUAUGGAUAUGCAAUCUACAGUGCAUGCUACCCUUUAAAUAAUUCAUUCUUACUGAGUAAAACUGAUUGACUAGUUUUGAGAUCAAGAAAUUAUUGACUGUCUGACGGAAUAACUGAUUUCACAGCAAUUAAAAGUGGCCUCAGAAAUUAGAAUUUAUUGACCCUUGUAAAUGAAAAUUAUCAUUAUUUUUUUUAUUGGACUGAUUCAGUGUUUCUCAAUGGCUGGCUAAUUGUCUCAGAAGCUGCUAAUUGUCUGACUGACUUGGUGGAGCUUGGUUUUAGUGACUCAGUGAUUGACCGACAACUUACAUGUACAUAACCACUGUCUGAAUGACUCAAGAACUAUCAAACUGAUUGACGUUAUUGAUGGAUUGAUAAUGUGGUGUGCUCACCAUUGCAAAGAAAGAAUUUUUUGUUGCUGGAUUGACUGUGUUUCUCAAUUGCUGGCUACAUGUAACUGCCUCAGAAGCUGUUAAAUGUCUGACUGACUUAGUGAAAUGCAUGAUUUAUUGACUCAGUUAUUGACUGACAUCAACUGACCUAGCGACUGUCUGAAUUGAACUGAUUGACAUUACUGCUAUACUGAUUCUUUAGCUCAGUGGUUAUUUAUUUUUGUUGGACUAGCUGUGGGUUUUGAUGGCUGGCUGAAUGCUUCUGAAGCUGUUAAUAUUGCCUGACUGACUUGGUGGAAUCAUUAAUGACUCAUUCGUUGACUGACAACUGACAUAGUGACUAUCUGAAUGACUCAGGAACUUUCAGAGUGAUUGACCUUAUUAUUAGACUGAUCAUGUGGCUCCAUGGUUAAAAGACAAAAUGAGUAGCUGCUUGUCUUUGUCAGUAACACUGUGGUUGACUGAUCAUCUGACUGGUCACUCAGUAAAACUGUUAUAAAAAUCUCACUGACAUGUUGUUGGAUGGACCCAUUGGCACAGUGGGAGACUAACUAGUGGACUUCGUGAGUGUUUGGCUGUGUUUGACUGACAUGUUGCUAAAACAACUCUAACUUACAUGUAGUGACUGACCAGCUCACUGGGUUGCUGUGUGUCUGACUGGUGUAACGCUAGACUGACUUACAGUGAGUAACAUGUACAGUAUUGAAUAACUCGUUGCCUCAGCAGUAGCUGUGCGUUUGACUGAUGUAGUACUGGACUAACUGACAGUGACUUACAUGUAUUCAUGGACUGGUUGCCUCAGCAGCAGCUGUGUGUCUGACUGAUAUAAUACUGGACUAACUGACAGUGACUUACAUGUAUUGAUUGACUGGUUGCCUCAGCAGCAGCUGUGUGUUUGACUGAUAUAUUACUGGACUAACUGACAGUGACUUGCAUGUAUUGAUUGACUGGUUGCCUCAGCAGCAGCUGUGUGUUUGACUGAUAUAAUACUGGACUAACUGACAGUGACUUACAUGUAUUGAUUGACUGGUUGCCUCAGCAGCAGCUGUGUGUUUGACUGAUAUAAUACUGGACUAACUGACAGUGACUUACAUGUAUUGAUUGACUGGUUGCCUCAGCAGCAGCUGUGUGUUUGACUGAUAUAAUACUGGACUAACUGACAGUGACUUACAUGUAUUGAUUGACUGGUUGCCUCAGCAGCAGCUGUGUGUUUGACUGAUAUAAUACUGGACUAACUGACAGUGACUUACAUGUAUUGAUUGACUGGUUGCCUCAGCAGCAGCUGUGUGUUUGACUGAUAUAAUACUGGACUAACUGACAGUGACUUACAUGUAUUGAUUGACUGGUUGCCUCAGCAGCAGCUGUGUGUUUGACUGAUAUAAUACUGGACUAACUGACAGUGACUUACAUGUAUUGAUUGACUGGUUGCCUCAGCAGCAGCUGUGUGUUUGACUGAUAUAAUACUGGACUAACUGACAGUGACUUACAUGUAUUGAUUGACUGGUUGCCUCAGCAGCAGCUGUGUGUUUGACUGAUAUAAUACUGGACUAACUGACAGUGACUUACAUGUAUUGAUUGACUGGUUGCCUCAGCAGCAGCUGUGUGUUUGACUGAUAUAAUACUGGACUAACUGACAGUGACUUACAUGUAUUGAUUGACUGGUUGCCUCAGCAGCAGCUGUGUGUUUGACUGAUAUAAUACUGGACUAACUGACAGUGACUUACAUGUAUUGAUUGACUGGUUGCCUCAGCAGCAGCUGUGUGUUUGACUGAUAUAAUACUGGACUAACUGACAGUGACUUACAUGUAUUGAUUGACUGGUUGCCUCAGCAGCAGCUGUGUGUUUGACUGAUAUAAUACUGGACUAACUGACAGUGACUUACAUGUAUUGAUUGACUGGUUGCCUCAGCAGCAGCUGUGUGUUUGACUGAUAUAAUACUGGACUAACUGACAGUGACUUACAUGUAUUGAUUGACUGGUUGCCUCAGCAGCAGCUGUGUGUUUGACUGAUAUAAUACUGGACUAACUGACAGUGACUUACAUGUAUUGAUUGACUGGUUGCCUCAGCAGCAGCUGUGUGUUUGACUGAUAUAAUACUGGACUAACUGACAGUGACUUACAUGUAUUGAUUGACUGGUUGCCUCAGCAGCAGCUGUGUGUUUGACUGAUAUAAUACUGGACUAACUGACAGUGACUUACAUGUAUUGAUUGACUGGUUGCCUCAGCAGCAGCUGUGUGUCUGACUGAUAUAAUACUGGACUAACUGACAGUGACUUACAUGUAUUGAUUGACUGAUUGCCUCAGCAGCAGCUGCGUGUCUGACUGAUGUAAUACUGGACUGACAGUGACUUACAUGUAUUGAUUGACUGAUUGCCUCAGCAGCAGCUGUGUGUCUGACUGAUAUAAUACUGGACUAACUGACAGUGACUUACAUCUAUUGAUUGACUGAUUGCCUCAGCAGCAGUUGUGUGUCUGACUGAUAUAAUACUGGACUAACUGACAGUGACUUACAUGUAUUGAUUGACUGAUUGCCUCAGCAGCAGCUGUGUGUUUGACUGAUAUAUUACUGGACUAACUGACAGUGACUUACAUGUAUUGAUUGCCUGAUUGCCUCAGCAGCAGCUGUGUGUUUGACUGAUGUAAUACUGGACUAACUAACAGUGACUUACAUGUAUUGAUUGACAGUGAACGGACAGUGACUUACGAGGGCGGAUCAGGAAGUUCUUUCACCAAGAAAAGUGUUAGGUUCUCCAUGCAACAAUGGUUCUUCAUUCUUAUUUUAAUCUUUAGACCUCAUUAACAGCUAAUUGUUGUGGAAUUUGCCAGGUCCUGUUAUUUACACGCUGAUUUGGUUAUGACAUGGAGCCUUCAAGGGAGUAUAUUAGUUUCUACAUUUACACUCGUUAUAAAUUAGGUUUCCGAGCAAGGCCUGUCCAUGAAGAGCUUGUGACGGUUUAUAGGGACCUUCCAACUUCUUUUCGCACAGUUGCCAGAUGGAAUCAGCAUUUCAGUGGUGGCAGAGAGAGCGUUAAAGAUGAAGCACGUGCUGGGAGGCCACGGACGUCUGUGACCGACAGUUCUGUGGAGAGAGCCGAAGUAUUAAUAGUAGAAGACUCCAACUAUAACACUCAGAUUCUUAGCUUUGGGGCUUGGUGUAAGCUACGGAAGUGCACAUGCUAUCGUCCAUGA